GUAUGGAAAAACAAUUUAUCUCUAUCAUCUCCCUCUACAGACUUAACCACUUAAACAUUGAUUGGAAGAUUUGUGUGUGCACAGUUAAUUCUAUUGCUUGGGCAACUCUGUAGUCUGGUGAUUAGGGAUUGAACUGGCCUUUUUGUUGGGAGCUCCCAAACAUCUAUGUCUCUUAGUCCUCAGGCGAAGAAUCGAUCCUCUGCCAGGGUACUGGACUGUUGGCACCUGCUAGCAUUCUAGGAACAAGAUGGUAGGAGGGGCUGUGCUGAAGAAUCUCAUCAUUUAAAAUACAGAGAUUAACUUAUUUCCCUAUUUUAAAAUUAAUUUUUUAUUAUACAUUUAUUAGUUUUUUUUGAAUGGGGAAUACAUAUAAUGGUAAACGGUUUAAAGGAGAUGAAAGAAGGUAGAAUGAAAAGGUGGACCCUCAUCUUGUGCCCCAGGCGGCCAGUUUCCUUCCUCGGGAGUAUUACUCAUCUCUGGUGUGGUCUUUCUGUGAGUGUGUUUAUAUUUCCCCCCAACACACAUAGCAGUAGCAUAUUGCACACACUAUUCUGUACUUUUAUUUUUUUUUUUCAACCACUUAAUCUGUGUUUGGUUUUCUUUGCUUUAGGGAGCUAUGUUUCUUUCUUAAAAGUUCAUGUUUUUGUUCUGUGAUAACCUUAGUAACUAUGAUUUUGUAUAAUAUACUUAAUCUUCUCUUUCUUCUGUCAAUGUUUACUGACUUCCCUAUGUUGAACAGUUACUAGUUUUAUUUUCAUUUCCCUUUCUCUCCCCUGCGUCCUUUCCCCUCCAGAUUUGAGGAUUAUAUUGUUUGAUUCGUGUAAGGUAGGUCUGUCUGCAGACAAACCUUUAUAUGCAGAUUUCAACUCCUUCUCUCAUUUUCAGCCGCCUAGCUUCAUUCCUACAUUUCUUAUAUUCAGUCCUCCAGUUUCUGAGCCUUUGCACGGCAAGUGGCUUCACUGUCAUCAGUAUGUUCUCUUCAGGUUCUUGAGUUAAGGCCUUCUCCCCUCUGCUAAAUCAGUUAUCGCUCUUCCAGCCACUUUUUUAACAUUUAAUUUUAUAUUGGAGUAUAGUUGAUUUACAAUAUUGUGUUAGUUUUAGGGGUACAGCAAAGUGAUUCAGUUAUACAUAUACACAUAUCCAUUCUUUUUCAGAUUCUUUUCCCCUGUAGGUUAUUACAGAAUAUUGAGUAGAGUUCCAUGUGCUAUACAGGAGGUCCUUGUUGAUUAUCUAGUUUAUAUGUAGUGUGAAUAUGUUAAUCCCAAACUCCCUCCCCACUGCAACCACUUUCUAUCUUCCGAAAAUAUUUUGAAAUUUCUCAUCUUUUGACAAGUUCUUUCCCAUUACUUGUCCUUGUGGUUUUAUAUCUUUUUUGCCCCUUUAUUUCAUUUUCCUGGAGUUUCAAGAGGGAGAAGAAAUCAUGUGAGGUGGUGUGUCAUAUUUAACCAGAAGUCUAAAAUUAAUUAAUUUAAAAAAUUUAACUGAGAACAACAAAAAGUGCGCGGGAGCUCGGCGGGCGCAUGGGCUCCGGGUCCGCCUCGCCGCCACCCGCCCGGCCUCGCCGCCUCUGCCGCUGCUCGGGGUGGGGGUGGGGGGGCAGCAUGUCUCACAGACCGAACUUGACCGCGCACGUGCCCGCCGCCUCCCUCAGCGCCUCUGGGAGCGUGCACCCGCCCUCCACCAGUAUGGCGACGUCUUCCCAGUACCGCCAGCUGCUGGGUGAGUACGGGCCGCCAUCUCUAGGCUACGCCCGGGGAACUGGGAAGAGCCAGGUGCCCCAGAGCAAAUACGCGGAGCCGCUGGCCGUCAUCGAAGAGCCGGGGAAAGAGGUCAGACCCCCGUCCGCGGGCAGCAGGAGCGCGAUGGAGAGCCUGGAACGCGGCAUCGUCCACGCCGCAGGAUUGGUGCGGGAGGGCUUGGCUGAAACGGAACGGAAGGCCGGGCGCCAGCUGCCUCGUGAGCCUGCAAGGUUUUCUGCCUUCUUCCGAGAGGAGAAGUUACGGCUCAUCUCCCCUGUUAGGAUGAAACUUUGUUUUCAAAGCGGUAACAGUUUGGCUUCUCCUCCCCCCGCCCCUCCCGUGGUUCACCAGGCUCCGAAUCGACAGCCUGUAAGAUUGAGGAAAGAUUUUGCAGUUGAUUGGGAGUUACAUUUUCAAUAGUGAGGAACUACCCAGGUGUUUGUUGUUGUUUUUUAAAGCAUUGAUUCAGAAGAGGCACGUAAAAAUUACCUGUCUUACAGCAAACUAGUUUGCCUCCAAGAUACCAGCGUCUCGCUCUCCUCUUUUGAAUACAUUUAUGUUACCCGCAUUGUUCUUUGUUCCUUUUGGUAAGCUGAUACAACUUGAAGGGGUUUUUUUGUAGUGCGGACUUGACAGCACACUUCACUAGUAGCUGGUCCCCUCGUUUCCCAUACACUGUAGAUUCUGCUUAAUGUAACUUCUUUUCUGCUUAAGCAUUUGCAUGACUAUUAGUGCUUUGAAGUCAAUUUUAAAAAUGCACAAGUUAUAAAUACAGAAGAAACUCAAACCAAACAUAACAAGGAUCCCGAAAUUUUUCCUGAGACUGUAUGUAGAUUUCAGUUGUGCCUUUCCUGGAAGUUGAUCCAAACAUCUGGAAGAAAAUGGAACUGUUUGCAUCUUUGUAUUUAUUACUCGAUGUAAUAAGGCUUAUUUUCAUUAACAGCUUGUAAAAAAAAAAAAAUUUACCUGAUACUAUUCAGUGCUCUCAAGAUUUUAGGAACAUGUGUAUUGGUGAUAAUACAUUAUGCUCUCCAUCCCAGCUUUCUCGGAUUCUUGAGAUUGAUAACAUAUAGGCUUCUUACUGAUUUAAAAUCUUUUUCAAGUUUCUAAAGACAAAAUUUUUCUGUAGCUUUACUACAAAAUAGUCACAUUCCAAUUUGAUCCAUGGUAACAAU